AUGCUCGACCCCCUCGGUCCCCCUCCAGCAUGGCUGCGGAACUUGGUCGAGCCUUACGCUCUCAGCCUGAGCAGCCCAACUCUCCCCGAACACGUCCAUGAAGUCUUUCUCGCCUUCGCCUUCUACCAGUUCAUCCACUCAUUCUUGUCGCCAUGGUUGUCGCCGAUCCUCUUCCCGAAGCACUACCCCAAGUUGAAUGCUCGGACCAGACUGAACUGGGAUAUCCAUGUGGUUUCGUUGGUCCAGAGUGUUCUGAUCAACGUUGCUGCGUUAUGGAUGAUGUUCGCUGAUACCGAGCGCAGUCAGAUGUCGACUGGUGAGCGUGUCUUCGGCUACACAGGCACUUGUGGUUUGAUCCAAGCGCUUGCUGUCGGAUAUUUUAUCUAUGACCUGAUUGUCAGCGUCGUUUAUAUCAAUAUGUUUGGUAUUGGCUUGCUAUUCCAUGCCGUCAGCGCUCUCUGGGUAUUCAGUCUCGGCUUUAGACCAUUCCUCAACUACUACGCCCCCGUUUUCAUCCUCUACGAGCUUUCCAGCCCAUUCCUCAAUAUCCACUGGUUCCUUGACAAAAUCGAAAUGACCGGCAGCCGCACUCAAUGGUACAACGGCAUGCUUCUCCUCUCGGUCUUCUUCUGCUGCCGUCUCGUCUGGGGUACCUGGCAAUCAAUCAUGGUCUACAUGGAUAUGUGGAACGCUUUACAGCAAACCUGGUCCGCCGCAUCAUCCCCUCUCCAGACCCCAACCACAGUCAACGCCAACGUUUUCCGCCCGGACUCCGGCUCCAUGUGCAUUGACGAGACCUGCGCACGCGCUAAUGCGGAAAUUGCCCGCUUCAGCGACUUCACCGCAAAUGGUGUGCCGACUUGGCUGGUCGUGACCUAUGUCACGUCGAACCUGAUCCUCAAUUUCCUGAAUUACUUCUGGUUCUCCAAGAUGGUGGAGACUGUUCUCAAGCGAUUCCGUACCCCUCCCGCCUCGGAGAAGGAGAAGAAGGAGGGCCAGGAUGGUCAGCUCAAGGAGCUGCAGGAGAAUAUCCCGCAGGACGUUAUCCUUGAAGCGGCAGCUAAACUCGAGGAGCAGGGAGGUGGACGUGGAGAGCUGGGACUUACCCCGGAACAAAUUUCCACGGCCAUCGACGCGGGAUUCGGUGAGGAACUGCGCCGGCGCAGGGCCGAGUUGGUCGCCAAGGUUCCUCUUCCCGGAUCUUGA